UGUGUGCACCAGUGUCUCCUGUAUCAACGGGGUGGUCCGUCUGGAGGAGGUACCGAGGUCCCGCCGUUCGAGAGACGAGCUACGCAUUUAAGCCGGGGAGGUCGGAGCAGUGAGUGGGAGUAGUUCAGGGACUGGGAGAGGAGAGGAAGCAGGACCUGGGAGACCUCGCCUCGUCCGUCCUCCUGCCUACUUCCUUGCUUUUGGGUUUUCGAGAUAUUUGGUUUCUUGCAUCCAGAGGACGAAGAGCUUUCAUAGGGUUUUCGAGACAUUGUCCUCACAAUCGCAUCCAUUUUGCAGUGCUGUUUCACGCGUAAACCCUAGCCCCUCGCCGCUGGAAGCCUCCAUUGUUCCUCUUUCAUUUCUUACCGCUGAUGCAGCUUAUGGUUUCUUAGGGUUUUCGAGACAUUUGGCUUCUUGCAUCCAGAGGACGAAGAGCUUUCCUAGGGUUUUCGAGACAUUGUCCUCACAUUCGCAGAUUUGGUUCGAGACAUUUGUUUUUUAGGGGUUCACAUGUUUCUGGGUGCUUUUGCAGCGAUGCGAUUCAUCUCACAGGGGAUGGGGAUUCCUACAUUACCGUGCCUUUUUUUGGGGAAAAAUGCCCACUUUUUGUGUAACAAAAACAUAAAAACGAGCCUUGCAGCUGCGAUGUCUGCUGCUCAGGUGGUUUCUCAAGAACAAAUUUUUUUAACAAAAAAAGCCUUUCUUUUUUCUUACUCUCUUGGAAAGAAGGUACAUGGAGCCAAUCCGUUAGGUCGCUAACUUCACCAAAGGAUUUCAUUUUCCGUACCUAAACCUUGUUUCAACAAAAUGCUGCCUUUGGCCGGGGGCAUCUGAUUGUCAUUUUAGUCUGUUGAUUCUUCAAGUCAAUAUUACGCUCAUUUUAUUCAAUGUUUCCCGACAGCCAACUACACUUGUAUUUCUUUGUUAGUAACGUCCCGCGCUUGAGUCCUUGUGAUCUGCACAGUAUGAUGCUGCCACCAAAUGCAUGCAGUUAGACAAGCUUAAUGUUGCAUCUGAUAAGACUGUACAACAGAUUCGUGUGCCAAAUGUGUCCUUGCUACUCAAGGAGGUCAUAUGGAACAAGUAAAACGAAAUUUCUGCAUCAGCAAUCAGGCACAAGACUGAAUGACGUGGUUAGUGCCAAUGAGGACUGUACAACAGAUUCGUGUGCCAAAUGUGUCCUUGCUACUCAAGGAGGUCAUAUGGAACAAGUAAAACAAAAUUUCUGCAUCAGCAAUCAGGCACAAGACUGAAUGACGUGGUUAGUGCCAAUGAGGUAGGUGCUGCUUGUUUUAUCUUGAAAUGGGCUCUCAUGAUGGCGAGGAUGAAGAGUUGCCACCCCCCCCUCCGGUGCCACCAGAUGUGAUUCCCAUUAAAGCUGAAGAUGCUGUGGGUGAAUCACCAGCAAACCAUAUAUUAAAGCCAAAGAGAUUACUGAUGGACAGGCCUGGUAUAGGAAGAAAAGGGCAGCCGACCCAGCUCUAUUCAAAUCACUUUAAAGUCGCUGUGAAGAGUACAGAAGACGUCUUCUUUCACUACUAUGUAAACCUGAAGUAUGAGGAUGAUCGACCCGUUGAUGGUAAAGGGAUCGGCAGAAAGGUGAUUGAUAAACUGCAGCAGACAUAUCGUGCAGAGCUUUCUAACAAGGACUUUGCAUAUGAUGGAGAAAAGAGCCUGUUUACAGUUGGUGGUCUUCCACAAAAAAAGAAUGAGUUCACCGUUGUCUUGGAGGACGUAUCUACUGGAAAGACUGCUGCCAAUGGGAGCCCUGGAGGUAAUGACAGUCCUGGAGGUGGUGAUAGGAAGAGAGUGAGGAGGCCAUACCAGACGAAAACUUUCAAAGUGGAGAUAAAUUUUGCAGCAGAGGUUCCUAUGAGUGCUAUUGGUCAAGUCAUUAGAGGCGAAGAAUCUGAGAACUCCCUGGAGGCGCUUCGUGUUCUUGAUAUCAUACUGAGGCAGCAUUCCGCAGAACAAGGCUGCCUUUUGGUUAAGCAAUCAUUUUUCUACAACAACCCUUCAUGCUUUGUUGACUUGGGUGGUGGUGUGAUGGGUUGUCGUGGAUUUCAUUCAAGCUUCCGUGGCACACAGAGUGGACUUUCCCUCAAUGUUGAUGUCUCAACAACAAUGAUCGUGAAACCUGGCCCUGUUAUUGAUUUUCUUCUUUCUAACCAGAAUGUUAAUGAUCCUAGCAGAAUUGAUUGGCAAAAGGCCAAGCGUGCUCUCAAGGGCUUGAGGAUUAGAACCACUCCUGCAAAUUCAGAAUUCAAGAUUUUUGGUCUCAGCGAGAGGAUCUGCAAAGAACAAACGUUUCCGCUGAGGCAGAGAAAUGGUAGCAACGGAGAUUGUGAUACCAUUGAAAUAACUGUCUAUGACUACUAUGCAAAGAAAGGAAUCGAUCUAAAGUAUUCUGGUGAUUUCCCCUGUAUAAAUACAGGGAAGGCAAAGCGCCCAACAUAUUUUCCAAUCGAGCUAUGCUCGCUUGUUCCGCUUCAAAGAUACACCAAAGCUUUGUCUACGCUACAAAGGUCAUCCCUUGUGGAGAAGUCUAGACAGAAGCCUGAAGAAAGGAUGACCGUUCUAAAUGAUGCACUGCAACGCAGUAACUACGAUUCUGACCCCAUGUUGAGGGCAUGUGGUGUUUCAGUUGCUCCAAAAUUUACCCAAGUUGAAGGAAGGAUCCUUCAAGCCCCAAAGCUGAAAGCCGGCAAUGGUGAUGAUAUCUUUUCACGAAAUGGACGGUGGAAUUUCACUAAUAGGAAGUUUUAUGAAACCUGCUCUGUGAAUAAGUGGGCGGUCGUUAAUUUCUCUGCACGUUGUGAUGUUCGGAAUCUUAUCCGUGACCUGAUGAGGAAUGCAUCUGCAAAGGGAAUUCAAAUGGAGGAACCUUUUGAUGUGUUUGAAGAGAGUCCCUCUAUGAGGCGUGCACCUGUGUCAAGAAGGGUGGAUGAUAUGUUUGGGCAGAUAAAAUCAAAACUUCCUGGAGCUCCUAGGUUCCUCUUGUGCCUUCUCCCUGAGAGGAAAAAUUGUGAAAUCUAUGGUCCUUGGAAGAGAAAGUGCCUGGCCGAGUUUGGUAUUGUCACACAGUGUCUAGCUCCAUUAAGAGUCAAUGAUCCGUACCUGCUUAAUUUGCUGAUGAAGAUCAAUGCAAAGCUUGGUGGUCUGAACUCGUUGCUGCAAGUUGAAGCAUCUUCGUCAAUACCACAUGUGUCGCAAGUACCCACCAUCAUCUUAGGUAUGGAUGUUUCACAUGGUCAUCCAGGACAAGAUAGACCUUCGGUUGCAGCGGUGGUUAGUUCUCGUCAAUGGCCUCUUAUCUCUAGAUAUAGAGCAUCAGUGCACACCCAAUCUGCCAGACUAGAAAUGAUGUCCUCGUUGUUUAAGCCGCGGGGUACUGAUGAUGAUGGCCUCAUCCGGGAAUCACUGAUCGACUUCUACACUAGCUCUGGAAAGCGAAAACCAGAACACAUAAUUAUUUUCAGGGAUGGAGUCAGUGAAAGUCAGUUUACCCAGGUCAUCAACAUUGAGCUGGAUCAGAUCAUCGAGGCAUGUAAGUUUCUGGAUGAGAAGUGGUCACCCAAGUUCACUGUGAUUGUUGCUCAAAAGAACCACCACACCAAGUUCUUUCAGACGGCAUCACCAGACAAUGUUCUUCCUGGAACUGUGGUGGAUAGUAAAGUUUGCCAUCCUAAGAACUUCGACUUCUACAUGUGUGCACAUGCUGGGAUGAUUGGAACAACAAGGCCGACCCACUAUCAUGUUCUGCACGACGAGAUAGGUUUCAGUGCCGACGAGAUGCAGGAGUUUGUUCAUUCGCUCUCUUACGUGUACCAGAGGAGCACGACAGCCAUCUCAGUGGUGUCUGUUUUUGUGUUUGCAGUUGCUCCAGUGUGCUACGCCCACCUCGCUGCAGCCCAGGUGAGCACGUUCCUGAGAUUGGAGGAGAUGUCAGACGCGUCCUCCAGCCAGGGAGGAGGGCAUACCUCGGCUGGCAGUGCUCCUGUGCCGGAGCUGCCUCGCCUGCAUGACAAAGUCAGGAGCUCCAUGUUCUUCUGCUAGCUGAUGUGCGUGCGCAUCAGGAUCGAGCUCCAUGUUUUGUGUUAGUAAGGCCUAGUUAGUAAGGCUGUAGAAAGAAUGUUUAAUGUUUGCAUGCUAAAGUCCAAACAAUCAAAACCACUACUAUAUCUACCAGAGCACUGAUCGAUCAAACAACAAGAGUCAGCAUCAAUCAA